AGUGCCGCUUAGUCAGUCGACCCGAGCGGUUGAGGUGGCCGAGGGAAGCCUCCGCUCCGCUCGCCUGAGGGAGUGGAAGCACUGCGGGCGGGGGCGCACGCCAUGGAGCCGCGGGCCUGGCCUGGGCUGCGAACGGCGGGCGGCGGCAGUGGAGGCAACGGCGGAGGAGGCCCUUGAAGGCGGGGAGAAGGAGGACGUGGCGGCGGCGGCGGGAGCCUCCGAGGAAAUGGCCACCGAGCCCCCGCGCUGUGCGGCGAGCAGGGAGCCCGAGCGGCUUCUUCGGGGCGCCAAGGCAGACGUGCCUCCGGGCUCCGCGUCGUCGGCGGCGGCGGAGGGAGAAGAGGAAGGAGGAGGAGGGAGGAGCGCCCGGCUGCUCAACGGCUGCGUGCCGCUGUCUCACCAGGUGGCUGGGCACAUGUACGGCAAGGAUAAGGGCGGUAAGUGGCAGGCCUGGGGUGGGUGGGUGGGUGGGGGUCCUUAGGGGAGGCAGGAAGCCGGGACCCCCCCCUGCACCCCUUCGGCAGGGAGUGGGAAGUGGGGCGGGAGGGAAGUGGGGCUGCUCAGGUACCCCCCAACCCAAGUCCCUUGGGUCUGCGCUCAGGAAUUAGGGUGGGUUUGGACCUGGAUACAAAGCAACCAAAGUCCGGUUUUUUCUGCUUUGGGUGUUAUUCCCCUCAACGUUUCCAAGUGUGUGUGUAUAUGCACGUUUAUGCACGCGCGUGCGUGUUUUUGGUGUGUGGGAUCCAGUGCCCUAAUGUUAAAUAAUAAUACCAGGGCGAGUUUUGUUUUUACUUACGACAUCGGUGUGUCCUUAAUGUUGUGGGUGAUACGCUGGGGUUGCUUACGUCUCUUUCUGACAGCCCUCUCUCUGAGCCGUGUAAUAUUCAAGACGUCCCUUGCACGCGUGGGGUUGCUUAAUUUUGUCGUCGCCCCCCCCCCCCGCCCCAAUCCGGCGAGAGACCGCUUUGAGGUCUUCUAGUGACUUUUUAUUUUAUGGCUGAGUGGUCUUCCCAGGCUCCCCUAAUCCAGCCCCUUAACCCACCUGAGAAAGACUACUGGCUGUGGCUCUAUGCAACAAUAGUAUUAAUUAAAAAUAGGCAUGUUAAUUGUAAGCCAUCUUGAGCAAUAUGUGUAGGAAGGACAGGGUGUGUUACUGUAUAUGACAGCUGAAAAUGAUGCUCUGAAAUGGAUUUUCAAAAGUAGAAUUUACAGGUUUUUGAAAUCCAUGCAGAACUUAAGCUUGCUUUUUUCCUUACAAAAUAACACAGUGGUAUUCUACUGUCUGUUUGUAUACACCUUGGUGGUUUACAAUAAAAAAUUUUUUUCCCUUUAUUGUACUAAUGGAGCAAUAAUGAAAUGACACAUUCUCCUGCCUAAUAAGCUGUUUAAAGCACUUUCUUUUAUGGUGUCUUUGUUGUGUUUGCUGCCGCACAUUUUUCUGUGUUAAUUUGGUUUUCUAAUAAUAUGACCUCCCUGCUCGUUGAUACCUAAGCAUGUAGUCUUAAUCUGAGGUGUUUUGUAGGUUUAAUGUUUAUGAAUAGGAAGUUUUGAAGCUAGGGAAAUGACCUGAUUCUCUCGUCACCACCCCACCUGAAGAAAAAAGGAAAUUGGAUUGGUAGGUUUGGAAAAUAAUGCCUGCGAUUCUGCUCCAGAAAUCCCAAAAGCAGUUACUUUAAUUGCGAAAUCUUGUUUUGGAUUUCUACAGGAAACAAAUUGCAUGAAGAAUAAACACACUGAUGUACUCCUGUUUUGAGUAAACAGAAGAUUUGGCAUUCAUUAGAGAGAAAUUUCAUCACUGCAGAAAAUGUGUUUAUCCUUGUAUUCACAUUGUGUUUUGUGGCAAAUGGACAUGAAUACAAUGAGGAACUUAAAGAGAUUGUGCCAUUUAAAGUGAUUUAUAUGGCAACUAGAGGGGCUUUACAUGUGCAUAUAUAAGAUGCCGUUACAAGGGACAGAUUCUGGUUGUUCUAUUUUUCUUUCCUAGCUAGGUUCUUCUAUUUUUUUUUUUUCCCUAAAUAAAAUGAUUUUUUUUAAAAUGAUAUUUAUUGAGAUUUCAAAAACAAAAAAUUACAUAUAGAAAUGAUUUGAAUAAAUAACCUGGGUGCUGUUGCUGAGAAGGCCCUCUAGCAAGUUGUAGAUCACUUGAUUGAUGUAUGCCCCCUUUUCUUCAGUAAACGCACUAGAUGGUUUCUCUUAACUCAUUCACACUUGUAGAGUACUCGUACUAAGUUCAAAAAGUGGUGAAAAUCGACAUUUCUUGUAUUUGCACCCUAUCCUUUCUUCCAGGAAGCUCAUAGCAAUGUGUUUUAGCACCAAAACAAUGUCAUGAUUCAGGUUAAACUGAUAGAGGGUGAUUUGCCCAAGGCUGUGCAAUAAAUUUCGAAGCUGAGCAGGAAUUUGAAACUGGGUCUUACACAUGUUCAAGCUCAACAUGUAAAUAUUCAUCCCCAUCAUAUUCUUGCAUAUGCAUCUUUAUAUUUUUAUAAGAUGCAAUUAUUCAUUUUUAUAACAUUGUUUACCCAUGAAAUGCAGAUAGUUAUAAAAGCAUAGGUUCAAAUGGAACAACUGAAAGCAAGGAUUUCACAAGAAAACUGGUUUGCACCUGAAAGGAGAGGGUUUUUAAGUGAGAACAUAGAUUGUUUAGCUGUAAUUUUCAUGAUUAACCUUCCUCACUGACUUCUGCUUAAGCCAACAUCCUUCUAAGGUCAUAAUGUGUGUCUCUUCUCUAGGGGGGGGGGGGGGACCAUGAUUGAGAGCUAUCCCUGUUGCAGUCAACUUCAGGAAUAACAAAUCUGCAUGGAUUAUAAGAAGUUAAGUUCAGGGCUCUGGCAUGUACGUGGUAGUGGAUACAGAAUUUAGCUUCCAGAUUUUUUUAAAAAAGUGUUUGUAGCCCUUGUUGACUACAAAUAUAGGUAUGAAAAUGCAUGGUUAAUGCCUUCUGGAAUCUUAGAACCUAAAGUGGUGACUGAAUGAUAUUUAAAACAAGAAAAUAAGCAACUUUCGUACACUUGCAUAACUCACACAGAUCACAAGAUAUUUUCGUGUGUGUGAUGCAGAUCUGGGGUUACCUUGGUGCAGAUUUUCAGGGUUUAUUUUUUAAGUGCAGAGUGCUUACAGCCCUCUGUAUGUUAGUGUAACUGUAUUUUAUUCCAUCCCAUGUAUUUUUCUGUUCUCCCAACUCCUCCUCGCUGCUGAAAUUUAGAUUAUAAGCUCCUUGAUUUUAUAUUGUUACUGUGGAGUGUCAUGUAUAUUAAGAGUUCUGUGAAUUAAAGAUACUUUUUAAACACUUCACAUAUUCAUAAGGUGAGACCUGCUAUAUCAUUCUAUAUUAUAUUUAUACUUAUUUCAUAGGUUUUCUUGGGAUAUAAGAAUAUCAAUGGCUUUUUGUUGUGCUGGCUAUAUUUCCUCCAGUAUCAGAGCUAGUAUGUAUGCUUCUGAAUGCCAGCUGGGUAUAAUAAUAGGAUUGAAUCAGAGAAUCCUAAAAUUGUAGAGUUGGAAGAUAGUGCUACUGCAGUUAUGUCCUGCUCAUGGGCUUCCCAUAGGCAUCUAGUAGCCACUGUGGGAAGCAUAAUACUGAACUGGAGUCCUUUGAUCAGAUCCAGCAGGGCUUUAUGUAUGGUUUCCAUACAUAAAAUCACAGAAUCACAAAUACAAAAAAGUAAACACGACAGCCUAUAUAUUCCACUAUUAAACUGUUGAAACAGUGGAGCACAUUAAAAUACCCCUUUAAGUUUCCCAAUUAAAAUUUUGUUGUAGUAAAACUUUGCUUUCGAAAAAUAAACAAACUUGGGCUGCAGUAGUCUUUCAUGAGCAAAUAAUUAUGAAGUAUUGGGGUCAUCACUGAGAAGAUCUUACUUCUCUUAUCACUGUCCCAGCUUCUUACCUUAAAUUGCCUUUCCCUAGUUGCUAGCACACACAGAAUUUCAAAAGGUGGAGAGAUUCCUAUGAGAGUUGCUCUCUCCACUACACUAGAAAAAGGCUGUUCUGACAUGUGCUCUGAUUACUUAAAAUUCUUAAUAAAGGGAAUUUAUAAUAGAGGUGGGAAGGGGUAAACACUCAUAUUUUGCUUGUCUGACAAAGUGGUUUUGAUUGUGGCUUCACUCAGGGUUGCAUAAUGUGACCGUGAUAACAACAAAGAUUUAUUGCUGAAAAUAACAUUAUGUGCAAUUUUACCUAGAAGCUAAAGUUUUACUUUUACUAAUAAUAAAGUCCAAAGGCUGAUUUUUAUAGCUAUAACCAUUACUAAAUAGAAGCCUUGGUUAUUUUUCAACUAGUGGAGAUAACAUUUAUUGUAGUUACCGUUAAUGGUAAUACUGCAGCCUAGAAUGAGUCUCAAUUUUAAUUUGUGAUGUUGUGAUUGUUGUGAUUGUAUUAAUAUUGCCUGUCUUGAAUGUCUUGAAUAACAUCAUUAGAAAGGAAAAAAACGACAUGACAUUGAAGUUUCAUUCGGAUUCAAACUAAUUAUUCCAGUAGUUGCAAAUGAAUGUUUAAGGAUUAAAUUUUAAGUUACCACUGCUGUGAAGAAACUUCAGUGAGAUGAAACUGUUCAGAACUAACACUGUUUUGGUGAUUGAAAAAUAGCAUAGAAGUUAGCUGCAAAAGAACAAAACUCUUGCUUCACAUUUGUCCUGGUUCUUGUGUAGCUAGGCUAUGGCUCAGCAUUACGUGUGAACCCUUCCCAGCAGCUUAUCUAUUGUUUCCUUAUUGCCAGUCAUCCAUGAUUUGAAGCUAUGGCUUGUUGCUUGUCUUCGUUUUUGCUAUGGCUUGGCAUUACAUGUGUGCUCAGCACUUUCCUUAGCCAUAGUUUGCUUGGCUACUCCACUCCAGAUACUCACAAAUGCAUGAGGCUAGAGCAGAUGGGAAACAGACCAAACUUUGGAGAAACAAACCAUAGUUUGACAAAUCUGUGGGAUAACACUGGGCAACAAUUUUUUACUUUUUGAAUGUUGUCUAGAUUUCUACAACUGAUUUAGGGUAUUUUUGCACUGCUGAAUCAGGAAAUGGCAUCCGUUUCUCUCCAUCAGGUCAGGUUUUCUGUAAACUGAAUGGUGGGCAUUGACAAAGGUAAGUACACGUAAAUUGCAUGUUGCUUCACCAUUUUUCAAACUUCAGGGCUUGAACUUCUGUUUCUUGGAACUCCUGGAAUGCUCAGCAGCACGGAGGUCUCUCUUCAGAGUCCAACAGUAGUCAGCCAUCAUGACUGCGUCCCAGCGACCCUGAUACCUGGUCUACAUCUCUUUCAUGCCCUGAUGGAAUCUCUCCCCCUGCUCGUCACUCAUUGAACCCAGGUUCUCAGGAAACUGGUCCAUAUGUGAAAAUAGGUAGUGCAUCUUGACGCUCAUGUUGCAGCCCAGGUUUCUGAAAGCAGUCAGCAUGUUGUUGACAAGUUCUGCGUAGUUUCUGGCCUUAUUGUUGCCAAGAAAGUUCUUCACUACCAGAACAAAUGCCUUCCACGCUUCCAGUUCCACUUCGUUCAUUGAGUUUCCGAACUCUGGAUCUCUGAUGAGCUGACGGAUCUGAGGACCGUCAAAGAUGCCAGCUUUCAACUUCUCCAUGGUCAAUCCUGGAAAAACCUGGCACAAGUAAAUGAAGCAGUCACCAUCCUUGUCCAGAGCCUUGGUGAACUGCUUGAUUAAGCCGAGCUUGAUGUGCAGCGGUGGGAAGAGUAUUCUGUCUCUGUCCACGAGAGGGUCGUUGAUGACGUUCCUUUCUUUGCAAGGCACCAAUUCCUCCUGCACAGGCCAGUCCUUCUUCGUGUAAUGCUGAGCACGGUCCCUACUAUCCCACAUGCACAGAAAACAUGGGUACUUGGUGAAGCCAGACUGUUGUCCCAACAAAAAGUUCACCAUCUUCAGGUCAACACAAAUAAACCACUUAUGCUGAUCAUAACCAAUUUUCUCCAGCACAUACUUCACCGCUUCAUAGUUCUCCUUCAGUGUACUCGAGUGAGCUAGGGGUAUAGAGGCAAACUGGUUGCCGUUGUGUAGCAGAACACAUUUCAGUGAUCGCUUGCUGCUGUCAAUGAACAGUCUCCAAUCUUUGGGUUCAUACUGUGGCACUCCAAGCUUGAGCAGAAGCUGUGAAAUAUCUGCACAGUACACCAAGUCCUUCUCUUCCGAGAAAAAACGGAGGUACUCUUGAUGCCUGUUGUGCAAGAAGCUGAUGCGAGCACUGUCAGAGAGGAGGUUUUUUUCCUUCAAUCUGGAUGCCAACAGUUCGGCAGAGUCCUUUGACAAGCUGAGGUCGCGAACUAGAUCAUUCAACUCCUUUUGGGAAAAUGGAUGUGGAGCAUCAUCUUCAAGAACCACUUCUUCUUCUUCAUGUCCUUCAACACUGGAGGCAUCUUCGUCACUAAUGUCAGGAAGUUCUCCGAAGAUAGGCACUGGAAUUUCAUCACAAUGAGCUACAGGACGACGUGCUGAUUGAAGAUCAGGAUACUUCGUGGGGCGGCUGCCCCAUUAACUUAGUUUUGAUCCCCCAACUUUAUGCUUUGCUGGACCAAUUUAUGGAAGAUUUCGAGGUUUUAUGACUUCAAACUGAUCCCUUUUCAACAUAAUCACCCAGAACUAUCGGACAUGAAUACUUCUUGUCAUUAAAAUAAUCAUUUCCAAUCAAAACAAUUAUUUGACAAGGCAUUUUACCUCCACCAACUUCUUCUAAAAUGCUCCACACAAGCGUACAUGUGAACAAAAACGUAAAAAAAGACAUGUGGCCAUAGCUCAAAAACUUGACCUGAUUGAGCAAAACCAAUGUGAUUUUUGGAUUCAGCACAUCAGAUUCAUUCUAAAUCAGCUGAAAAAACGCAGACAACAAAUUUGUUGUUGACCAGUGUAAUUUAUGGUUAACUACUGAUUUGUUAAACAAAUCAUGGCUUAGCAUUACAUGCAAACCAGGCCAAUGUGUGAAAGAUUUGCCUGGUCUUCAGGAGAAGUACCAGACUCUAAAGGUAAGGUGUAUUUUCUCUGUUUUAUUGAUUUCAUUUAAAGAAAGCUGCUUCCUAACACGAACUCUUACUUUUCCCCCUAACAAGAACUUUUGGGUUUUUUUGAACAUUUAGUAUAUAUACUAGAUUAUGUUACCAUAGUUGGACUCAAAAGCAUGCUGAAGUUAAGAUGUGAACAAAUGCAUUUGUUGUUUCCCAGGCAUCCUGCAGCAUCCUGAUGGCACAGUCCUCAAACAAUUGCAGCCAGCACCUCGAGGGCCCAGAGAACUAGAAUUCUAUAACAAGGUAAUUGUUUUCUAAUUCAUCCUCUAACUGAAGUUAUGCUUUUUUUUUGGUUGAAUUGAAGCACCCCUCUGUUUAAUUAUCACUGGGAACCUGUGUGCAUAACCUUACUGUCCCAACUUAGUACAUACUCUAAAUGGCAAACUCAAUAUGGUAGUCUUGAUCAGUACCAGAGACUGAUUAUAUAUAUGGGAGGAAGAUGACAUACUGUGGAGCUUUUGACAUCAGUGGGUCUUGAGUAUGACUAGUGUUUGAUGUCUUCCACUGUCAGUAAUGUUGGUGUGCAUCCCUUUAUUGACAGUCUCAGAGGUCAUCUUGUGUACACAGCAGGCACACUGGUAGUUUCAUCAUGUGCCUAUCUGGUUGCUGGGCAUCUAUCCAUAACUUUCUCCUUGUUUUUCUAUACAGUCAAAGCUUGGGUUGCGAGCAUGAUCCAUGCGGGAGGCACGUUCGCAACCCGCAGCGCCGCAUCUUUGCACGCACGUGACGCGAUUCGGUGCUUAUGCGCAAAGUGUGAUUUAGUGUUUCUGCGCAUGCGCGAGCGCCAAAACCUGGAAGUAACCCGUUCUGGUACUUCCGGGUUCGGCGCAGUCUGUAACCCGAAAACACACAACCUGCAGCAUUCACAACCCGAGGUAUAACUGUAUUCCAUAAAUGAGCUUCAUGCUAGGGGGCUAUUUAGGCAUGGAGACUCUGGAGGAACGAAGACUGGUUUAUGCAUUGAAGAGGGAGUGGUACAUUGCACCAAAUAAAGUGUGAUAUUGGAGUAAAAGCCAGGUUGGUUAAGGGGGUGCUAGAAUGCUCCUGCUACCCUGUUUCCUUGAAAUCACUGUACAGGAACCUGGGGCUAUAUAGCUAGUUACUGGAUCUCAUGGCAUAGAUGGCACAUCUUUGAAGUUAAAUUUUGGUUGUCAGUAGAACAAACUAAUAUUGCAAAUAAAUGUUGAAACCAUUCUUGGGGAAUGAAAUUACAACAUAUGUUUGGUUGAGUCAGAGUGGAUUAUGUACUUUCUACCAGAGUUGCCUAAAGUAACAUUAGUGUGCACGUGGAGAGAAAAUGUAAAUAGUUCAUUAAUAUAUGAGCUCUUGGAACAGUUUGUGCUGAAACAUUUGGUUGCAAAUGAUUCCAUUCCCUAUUAAAGCCAAAGACAGUGUGAUCCUCAUUUAGGAAAUGUCUCCUAUAACAAAGUAUUUUUUUCUGCUAAUCAGACCUUAUAACUUCUUCAGCAUAAGUAAUUUGAUUAUUUUACUAUUCCUAUAGCUGGAUGCCUAUAUUGACUUGGUUUUUAGGGGGUGGGGGAUUUGGAAAAGGAAUAAAUUCACCAGAGUUUGUAGUGUGUUAACAAUAAUAACUUAGAGUCCUAAAAUUAACCUGUUAGCAAGCUUCAGCUUUUUCCUGACCUACAUAGGAGACAGGCAAGGCAGCCUGUGAUCUGUCACCUGGUUUCUCUUGGUGACAGAAAAUCCAAUAGUUCAGGCAGACAAGAGUUUGAAGGCAUUUUUUCCUUUAUAAGUAUAUAUAAUGGACAACAGUAAUUUGUAAAUCCAGCAACUCAGUUGUAUGGUCUUGUUCAUUUCCUUUUUAAGUGUAACUAGAAUAACAGGACUGACUGUCAUUCUGUCUCUGAAAAGUAUUUGCUCAGCAUUUUGCCUCUGCAGUUAUUGCCAACUAAGGGUCAAAAUUUAAUAAUGAAUAAAGAAAUUUAAAAUUGCAUUGGUGUCACAUUAGGAAUUAGUUGUUGAGUUGCAUGUUUUAAUAUUCCUUCUGUUCGUCAUUGAUGGUGUGGCUUUGCUGCAAUUGAAUGACAAGUCAUGAACAAAAUAAAUAAUUGCAUCCUCUAACAAAAAUCAGGUAUCUUAUGGCAGUAGAAACAAUGCACUUUAAUUGUUUUACAAAUUCAGUCAAUGAUAAAGCUGCUAAUGUUACAGUACACAAGUUUUGCAGUCCACUCUACUUCCCCUUCCCCUCCUCCUCCUCCCCUACUUAGAAGCGUAAACCCACAGUUGGUAGGCUAUGUUAAGAGUUCCUGUAUUUACUGGAUGCUUUCUAGGGUUAUACCAAUCCAAUAUAAUCUUUUAAAGGCCAUUUAGUUUAGGAAUUUGGGGUGAGGUGGGAGAAUGCAGUUGAUUAAUUCAUCACUGAAAGGUUAUCCUCCUCAUACUUGAUUUUGCCAUAACUGAAGGUGAAAGGGAGGCCAGACCUGUCUCCCUGUGCCCCAUCCUGCCACUAGUACACCUAAGAAUGUUUUAAUUAGAUUGACUCAUGCUGCACAGGAUCCCUAAGCACACAUUUGUGUGCUUUAGUGCUGUCAAACUCUGAAUUUCAAUUUGGGGUGGGGUUUUUUUGAUAGCAAAUACUUUUUUUUUUAAAUAAAAGACUUAACAGUAGUCAAAUGUUCUGGCACAAUUUACAGCAUUUAUUCUGAGAGACACUUUGUUUCCUUUCUAAAUGGAUAUUUCUCAUUGAGUGUGAGGUUUUAAACAUACAGAGAGUAAGAUUCAACUAACAAGUCCUGUUAGUGGAAGCCCUGGGCAAGGUCUUUAUGUUGUGUACCCCUGAAACUGGUUGGGUGGUGGUGGUUGGAAGAAGCACUGAGACAGUGUGCAGGGGUACGAGAAGGAAUUGUUCCAUCUGGCAAGCCGAAAUGCUUGUGCUGAAGAUUACCUUAGCAUGAUGUUGAAUUUCCCCCAUAAGUUCUAAAUAUCCAAAUGUAGUCUGCCACAAGAGGGAAUUGAGUGGUUUGUUGCAGUUCAAACAUAUUUCUUUUAUUUCAGGUGUAUGCUGCUGACUGUGAAGACUCUGUGUUUCUAGAACUCCAAAAAUAUUUGCCAAAAUAUUAUGGAACCUGGUCAUCACCUACUGCACCCAAUGGUAAUGCUGUUAGACAGUGCAAUAAGCACUAACUUUUUUGGCAACUGCUUGGGAGAUGGUUCUGAAAAUACCAGAAACUAAGUACCCGAGCACAGCGUGAUAAAUCACUAUCAUGUGGAACAUCAUGAAACAAUGUAUUGCUAUGCUUUGUAGAUGGAAAAAUGUCAUGUAAAUAAGGGCUGUUUUCUGCAAACUCAAUUGAUUCUUCAGUAAGAUCCAGUUUAACAUAUUUAGGUCUAUUGCAGAAUUUGUAUGUCAAAAUACACCUUCUACUGCUCACAGCAACAGGGGUUACACUAGUAGGGUACAGUAGUCUUGCAGGAAGAUAAUAAGAUGACCACCGCCAAGAAUUAACGUUGGCAAUUUAAAGCAUGCUAAAGGGCUUAUUAUUAUCUUUUAACAUUUUAUACUUUCUCAGAAUGUUAGUUACAAUUUGCUUCAUUGAAAGGAUGGUUACUGUAAUUACUUACGUUCUUACACAGGAGGCUGAAUCUGACCUGGACAGCAGAUUUCAUAAUAAAAAUAAUUUAUAAAACACUACUAUUAUAUUAACUUACACAACACUGUCUGAUAGUGAGAAGGAAUAUAAAAAUAGACACAAUGAAAUAAAAUCACAGACUAAAAGGAAUAAUUGUUGGGAAUUAGAUGGUUAAUAUAAUGUUUGUUGUAAUAUACCCCCACCAGGAAGACGCCAUCUUUGAGCCACUCCUGUGCUUGUGUACUUUCCACUGACCUCUAAUGAUUGGGUUGGUUAGAUUAUGACAUUGAUCUGGUUUAUUCUGAAUUGUUAACAGAUUUGUACCUGAAACUGGAAGAUGUGACACACAGAUUUAAAAAGCCAUGUAUAAUGGAUGUAAAAAUAGGCCAGAAAAGCUAUGAUCCAUAUGCUUCCGCUGAGAAGAUUAAGCAACAAGUCAGCAAGUACCCAUUAAUGGAAGAAAUUGGGUUCUUGGUGCUAGGCAUGAGGGUAAGAUGCAGUUCUUCAUUGGAUUUUAAAUCUUUUUAUGCUCUUGACAACAUGGGGGCAACUAAAAUUAUGUUUAGAUGAUAUUUUCAACAAAACAACACCACCACAAACUGGCUUAUAAGUAUAAAACCAAAUUUACUAGAAUAAUAGCUAGAAUAGAGAUAGACUUAUAACCAUUCAAACAACAAACAUACUAAGGUGCCAUGUGCAAGACAAAGCCUGGAGAUACUGUAAACAUGGAGUGGAUAAAUGUACAACUCUAUCUUAACAAGUUACAUGUACAGUAAAUGUUAUAUAGACUGGAUAAAUGAACCGUUCAACUAGUAGCAUAAGUCCAAUCAUGGAAUGGCAACACCGUGCCGCCACAACGGCAAGGGUAACAUCCAGUGCCAGAUAACGAAUGAGACUGGCAUGCUAACUAGUUAUGCGACCCCGAGCUCCUUUUGCCUACUUGCGUUAUUCUCACCAGGGUGGUGGCUUUGAUUUUCCUUCCCGUGAUUGAUCCAUGUACACGGCUUUGUGUUUCCAACUCAAGACCCAUUGAAGAACAUCUCAUCCAGUUCAAUCUUUGAAAAACAGCUUUGAAAAACUUUUUCAUAUUCUCCAGUGUGCUACCCUUGCCGUUGUGGUGGCACGGGGUUGCCGUUCCGUGAUUGGACUUACGCUACUUUUUGAACGGUUCAUUUAUCCAGUCUGUAUAACGUUUACUGUACAUGUAACUUGUUAAGAUAGAGUUGUACAUUUAUCCACUCCAUGUUUACAGUAUCUCCAGGCUUUUUCUUGCACAUGGCGCCUUAGUAUGUUUGGUGUUUGAAUGGUUAUAAGUCUUUCUCUAUUCUAGCUAUUAUUCUAGUAAAUUUGGUUUUAUACUUAUAAGCCAGUUUGUGGUGGUGUUGUUUUGUUGUAUUAUUAUCACUGUCACCACAUUUGAUACUUUGUGUAUAUAGAUGAUAUUUUCCCCACGGAAAGAUAUUAGGAGUCAGCAUGCUUUGGGUUUGAAUGUUUUCUGUCAUGCCGUAUUCCCUGCUUCCCUUAUUGCAGGGAGAUGUAGGUGACUGAACUGAGACAAUCUGCAUUAACUUCUCAUUAAUAAUAAUAAUGAGAAAAGAAGUGGGUAGGGUUGGCGAUCCAAAGGAAGACCUAUUAUUGAUUUCUCUUUUGAGAACAAUAAUCUGAACAGCAUCUUCAAGAUUUUCUUUUUUCUUUUUAUAAAAAAGAUUGUACUUUGUCUAGAUGUGGACUUUGAUAAUAUAUUUCUUUUUAUCUCCCUGGUUUUCUCAUACAGCUCUAUCCUUCCUCCUUUAUCAUAUUAUAUUCUCAGUAGUUCCGCCUCUUGCACCCCAUACUUACGUUCCAUUUCCUUGUUCUACUCAAUAACACCAGCAAAUAGCUAGAUUUGUUAACUUCAUAUUCAUAACUUCAUACGGGCUGCAUUCAGAAAUUUAAGCCGUGCACAGCAGUCCUCCAGAGAGCUAACAUGUUGGUAGCUUGGCAAUCCCUUCAGGCCUUUGGUGCAGCAUGGUGAUAAACUGCAACAGUCUUGCAUAGCAUUGUGUUAGUGAAGCAUUAAUUGACUUUUAAUGUAAAAGAUUUGGCUUUUAACUGUAUAAACUGAAUUCUGAUGCUGAAGCGCAUUCAAAACCUUAAAAAUUAGCCUUCAGGCAAUAGAUUAUAAUUGUAAUUUCCCUAGCCAAGUAGAAGAAAAGAAACAACAUGUUUUCUGUUUGGUCCCCAUAGAGACCUCAAUGAGGCUCUAGUUAUUAACAUAUUUUAUCAGUAUAUUACUGAAGGUGGAUGAUGUUGUUUGGCACUUGAAUUGGACAGGCAUUUUUGGUCUGUGUUCAUAGGUGUUUAGGGAGCUAUUAAUGUUCUGUACUGUAUGUGAUGUUCAAGUUCUUUAGUAUUAUUUUGCUGUCCAUUUGCUUUCUUAUAGUGCCAAACACAUGUUCAUUAACAUUUGGUGGGAGAAGUGUAUUAUUCCUUUAUCAUAAUCUUGCUGACUUCAGUCAAUUGGAUUCCAACCAUUCCCAGACUGCCUGUUAAAGCAGCCCUAUAUUUGUGCUUAACUUUGAGAUCUGGUGUAGCAGAGUAAAUGUCCUAUGUACAUUCUGGAUUGGCAUAAAAUAUGUCAGCAAAAAAUCUGUUCCUUUAAUAUAAUGAAAAUGGGCAGAUUUGGAUAGAGACAUAGAUUGCAAAAAUAUAUAUAUGCUGUAUUUCCUAUUUCUGUAUGCAUCUCUCUGAGAUUUUAAUUGGAACACCAUGGCCUGAAGCCUGUAUAAUAAUAAUAAUAAUAAUAAUAAUAUUUUUUAUUAUUUAUACCCUGCCCAUUUGGCUGGGUUUCUGGUGGACCUUGCUGGAUGCACUGUCAACUGCUUCUGUUUGUGUAGUUACUGAGAAUGAAAAAUAAGUAUCAGUUCAUUUGCUGUCCCAUGUAACGGAUAUAAUUUAAAUGUUGGUUUUGUGAUCUUAUUCUAGAUAAUAUUUUUUUUGUUUCUAAAUGUGCUGCUGUUAGUGGUUAUAUGCACACAUAUUUUUAUAUUCAUUUGAUUUCUAUUUUUAUGCAGCAUGUUUAUUGUUUUCCAGGCAGACUUGUUUUGCAAUGAUGUUUGGUCAUAAACUUAUAUGUCUGAGUUUAGAUCCCCUGUAGAAUACUAAGCUAUCCUCUGUCACUGGCCUAUAUCCGAAGACUACAUAGGCCAGUUGAUUCUGGGGCAUCGGACUAGACAUUCUGAACACCCAUAACUUUAUUUGCACUGGUUUCUUGUUAUUGGACUGUAAAGUAUAGAGAGGUAUAUAACAUAACAUCUCACUGAUGUAUUAUUCCAUUGAAAAAGCUAUAUCUGAAUAUACAAAGUUUAUGAUGUUUUCAAUGUGAACUUGCUGAGUUUGGAUUGCUAGAAAGAUCCAGCUCAUGAAAUAGUUUCAGAGAUGUGUGGAUAAAGCAUUUUGAAAAAAAGCCUUCUUUCGUAUGCUGAAGAGUACAUUGGAACUAGUCCUAGGACAAAGACAUUUUUUCAGAAAUCAGAUGGCAAAAUUACAUUAUUAUUUUGUGUGUUUUAAGGUUUAUCGCGCCCAUUCUGACAGCUAUGAGACGCAAAACCAGCACUAUGGAAGAGGCUUAACGAAAGAGACAGUAAAAGAUGGUAAUGUUUGGAGUUAGACCAGGUUGUAGUACUACUAUUUUAGGCCUUUAUUACGAGACUGUGUGCUUAUAAACUACGUGUAGCUUGUCUCAUAGUGAAGAAAAUUGAGGACAAUAUUAUAAAACCCUCUAGCAUGCAGGAUUGCCAGGGAAGGGAAGGAAGUGGGAUCAUUCUGACUUGGGGUUAAAGGUGGGAGAGCUCGGAUGGGGGAAAUAUGUGUAUCUCUGACUUAGCUUCGGAUGAGGGAGUUAAGGCAGCAUAGCCUGCCUAUGCCAAGAACCUCCUAACUCACAUGGAGAUGCACUGGAUCCUAACCUGCUCAUCCUAACUUGAGAUCCUGCUAUAGGAUUGCUCCCCAUGAAUAUUUUAUAGUGCAGUCCCAGCUCUUUAGUUAUAAGUUCUGAGCACUGAUAGUAUGUUUUGAGGGUUUAAAGUGAUUCCUAUAAACUCUCACAAUAAUCCUGGAAACUAGGUCAGUUGUACAGUGCAAUCACAACUCACUUAAUGGUUCUGUUUCAGAAGCAGCACACACAUGCAGAAUUGUGCAUAGUCAAAAACUGCCUGCUGGAAGGGGGGUGGGGAUCUCAUGGAGGAGCUCCCUGCAUCCCCACUGCCAGGGGAAGAGGAAAUCUUGCCUUGGCAGCAAGACGAGUGGGGAAGCAGUAGAAACAGAUGGAGAAGGAAGAAACCUGGUUCCUUCAGCUGCAGAAGGGAGGAGAAAGGCAGACAGGGAAAGAGGCAGGCAGAAGCUGCAAUACUGUUCCAGCCUUUUGCUUCUGCCUGUAUGUCUCUGGGUUGGCCUUUCUCUUCCCUUCUGCAGCUGGGAUUUUUUUCAUCCUCACUUCCCUGCUCACCAUGCAGCUGAGAGAGGUGGGUUUCUUCUUCCUCUGUCUGCCUCUCACCUCCCUACUGUCUUAGUCUCCCCCCACUCGUCUGCUGUAACUGUUACCCAGAAGGCAACUGCUGCCUGAGCUGAGUGUGUAUAAUUGAAUUUGCGCAAUUAAAAUGUCUGGAAGAUGUGAUCAUGCUAUAGUAUUCCCAUAGUUCAUUGGGUGGAUAAAACUGAAAGAUGAGGGCUUGCUUAAGUGCAUGUAAGAAGUGAGACUUGAACCAGAGAACACGAGAAUAAAUUGGACACACUUGCUCUGAAACCUUUAACAUUGCAAUUAAUAUUUUGAUGAUGGGAAAUCUGAAUUGGGGCACUUGUCUGAAUUUUUGGGGGCAUAUUAUCAGCUGACUGUGAAUAGCAACUUAAACCUGAAUUCUGUUAUAUGAAUAGCUGAGAAUUUGUUGUCAAUUUUGCUUUUUGGAAGCUAGGCACCAUUGCUAUACUGCAGUUUGAACUUUCCAGUCAGUGGCUAUUAAUUUUACUGGUUUCUUUCUUGCAGGUGUGGCUCAGUUUUUCCAUAAUGGAUUCUGCCUGAGAAAAGAUGCUGUAGCUGCCAGUAUUCAAAAGAUUAAAGAAAUACUGCAGUGGUUUGAGAAGCAGAAGCAGCUUAACUUUUAUGCAAGUUCUUUACUAUUUGUCUAUGAUGGCUUGUAUCCGAUGACAACUACAUGGUUAAAUGAUGGCAGUCUGGUCGAGAAGGGAAGAGUGUCCAAGGGUCAAGUGCCAAGUGGUGGUACAUUGGAAUAUAAUAAUAACAUUCGUGUCAUCAGUUCUACAGAGAAUGGCAAGGUAGAGACCUCUGUAGGCAAAGGCUUCUCUAAAAUGUAUGCACUUCACAAAAGGCACCAGAGUCAAAUUUCCCUUAAAGUUGAAACUGUGGAACAAGACAACAUAUGGAAGAGCAGUGCUUGCCUUUCACAAGAACAUCUGAAUGGAAAUGUUAUACCUCAGCUGGAAAAAGUUUUCUGCCACAUGCCUACUACGCUGCCAGAAAGCAUGGAGGUUGAAGUCAGGAUGAUAGAUUUUGCGCAUGUGUUCCCCAGCAACACACACGAUGAGGGCUAUAUUCAUGGUCUGAAGAAUUUAAUUACCGUCCUUCAAAAUAUUUUAGAUACUUAAACUUUUUGCUAUGAUUUCUACUGGGGGCCAAUUAUAAUGAAAAGCAACAACAUUUCUGCACUUGUGAUUCUGUUAUAUGUUGGUUUGUAUUGUUCUACAUUUUACUUGUCUUUGUACUUUUGGUAGGAUGAUCAAGUAUUUUAUAAUCUUACUCAGGAAAAUUAUUCUGUAGUUUCUUACAGUUUAGUAAGAGAGAAGCUAAUGCGAUUUAACUGGUAAUCGUUGGAACUUGCAUUUAACUUGUGAAGCUUAGCUAAAAUUGGGGGAUGAUUUGUGUCAGAUAAAAUGGUAGAGCUUUCUCAUACCCUUAAAUAUUUUUAGCUUAAUCAGAGUCCGUCCAUGCAGCCAGAACACUGAGCCAUAUCUCUAAAUAACGGGUUAUUAGGAGAAUAUUAGAAUAUUAUCCUUAGGUGUUUACUACAUCUUUAGAACUGGAGCAUUUCUGAGGGAUAAAUACUUAGAAAUCUAUAUUCUAAAUGAACCAGCAUUUUAGUGUGAGGUGAUCAUACUGCUUCGUUCUUAAAACUGGGUAGGUAUGUUCCUCUUUUCAUGGCUAAACUUAAAAGUAUACUCGAACAGUGUAAUUUAUUAUGCGUGCUAUUGAAAAGUUUUUCAAAACUUAUGAAAUAGGAGUUGUUUGCCAUGUAAAGAUGUUAAAUGCUGUUUUGAAACAUUUGUGUCAGAUUUUGUGCCCUAUUUUGUUUAUAAGCUUUAUAUUUAGAUAUUCAACUAGGAGUUGCUUUGGACAUUGCAGAAAAACAGCAAAAUAAUAUAUCCUAGUGAGUCUACAAUGCCUAAAGUCAGUUAUAAAAAUAAGGUAGUACUAUGGCCAUUCAUUGUGUGGGCAGUUUUGUAAAAUUGCACAACCAGUGGUUAAGAUAGUUUUAAGAGGUUGCAGUUGGAGAGAGUAUUUAAAGAGCUCUCCAGUCUCUUAAGUUGCAUCCUCUUGAAAUCCUCUCAUCCAAGGAAUGUAUGAACACUAGAAAUAAGUUCAUGUUGAAAAAUGGCCAUUAUAAGCCAGGGUCUUCAAAAUUAUUAAAUUGCCUAUGGUGAGAAUAAAGACUGCUUUAUCAGACAUAAUACUACACAUUGAUAAAUACAAGCAGAUGGAAGCCAGAGACUCAAGUAGAGGAUGUUUAAAGCUUACACCCACAUUUUGGAACAAACCACAGUUUCUGUUAAUUCCAAAUACAGGAUUUUCAAUUUUUUUUUUUAAAGCUGAGUUAGUUCAGUCGAACCAAAAUUGCACUGCGGCUUAAUGUUGUAGUUUCAAUAAGCCACAGUUUACCUGUAUUACAGUAUAAUGGGAAACUGCAUUUUGGAACAAACCAUAAACAGUAGCUAUAAAUGCUUUCUUGUGCUCGAACAGGAGGGGAGAAUUUGUUAGUCCGAGGCUUGUGUCUGCUUUCUCUCUUAGCGUUACAUUUGAAAUGGGCCUUAUCGUGCAAACGUUGGGCUGAUACAAGAGGGCUUCCUUCUGGCAGCAUGUGCAUCUCCAUAAACAUAAAAAAGGCAGCAAGGAGAGUAUGGACCUCAUUCAACUAAUGUGUCCUGGUAGUGGAAGCCUGUGCAAGUACUUUUGUUAGCUCCUAUGGCUCUAUAGUGUUAGGAGACCCCCCAAAGCAGUAGGAGGUAGAGUGUGGAUGUCUUGUCUGGCUUAAGUACUUGUGCUAAUCAGUGAUUGGCAUAGCUCUACAAUGAAUUUCUCCCUGGGUGACAUAGCAUGACACCCCACAGCAAUUCUCAUGGGCAUGUUUCAGAAUCUGUCUAGCGUGGAAAUGGUUGCAGUCAAAUCCAGUGAUACAAGAUGGAAAAUUGUACAAAUCAGAAAAUUUUCUGGAAACUCUUUCAGUGCUUUAUUUUUUUCCAUGGAAAUUUUUUCCUUUUUGUAAGUUUAUUAAUAACUAGAUGCCAGCUGCAAAUACAGUUUAAGGCAAGCUUGGCAGUUUUGACAUUUUUAGCUUUGUUUUUGAAACACAGGUAAAUUAGAUCACUUUUUAUAAGCCAUCAGAAAAAAUUCUAGCACAAAUUAUGCUGUGUAAAUUAAGUUUACUUAAUUUGCAUAGGAAAAAAUAUCCUCUACCACCUCCUGAAAUUCACAUCGCUGGAAAAUGCUUUUUAACCAAAUGUCCAUUUUCUAGUUGUGCCGUUAAGGAGAACACUUUGCUUGACUUCAAAACUACCAAGAACCAGAGGCUGCUGUCACUGAGCAGGCCCCACUUGGAAGCACCUUACAGCAAUGCUGUAAGGGAAUUAUGCAAACAGACACUCACUCCUGCAUUUGAUCACCCUCCCCUGAACUUUUUAGAAGGAAAGCUACAAUUUUAGGAUUAAUUUCAAUGUUCUGCUAAUACUGUUUCAUUGUAUGGUGUUUUGUAGGCUAAUUGGACAUAAAAAUUUAUCAGAGUUUUGUGUUUUCACUUUCUAAGGUUCACUAGAAUACUGAUUUUAAUUGGAAACAACAUGUGGUAAAUAUACAUGGAUUUUUGUUUUCUAUCAAAACAAAUGCUACAUUGAUAAACAGUUUUCACAUAGGUUAUAAAGUGAGCCUUAACUAAUAAAAGCCUAUGUCAAAGGUGAUACUACCAUCUUUAAGAGUGAUUAGGAGAAUUCAGUGUUCUGUGAAGUAAUUUAAAGCAUAUUCUGGAAAAAGUUACACUAUUCUGUCCUAUUGAGCUACCUUUGUAACAAUUAGCUUAUUCUAUAGUAGCUUAUGUUAUCUGUGUCUGUUUUCUGUUCAACAAAGAAUCUUUACACUCACACACACACACACAUAUGGGUAUGUCUAAUGUAGGCAAGUAUUUAUUCUUUCUUGUCCUGUACCAUUUCACAUCUGUAGGGCAGUAAUCUGUGUGCUCUGUAAUAUUAGUAUCAUAAUUGUUCAUUGCUGUGCUGCUUACACUAUUUAAUGUAACUAGAACAUUGUAGGAUCACCUUACAGAAAGCACUCCUAUUUAAUUUUCAGUUUUUAUAGUUGCAAUUGUAACAGAAUUAUACUUAUUUUUAUUCAGUUGGAAGUUAAUAGUACUUUAAAUUAAAAACUGAGUACAGCUAAAGGUAACCCAUUCAAAUGUAGACUGCAGAAAUGGUGAAUUCAGAACUUAUGUGACUUUCACGGGAGGACAGAAAAGAGAAUAAAAACUCAGAAUGGGAUAGUAUUCUUUCCUUUAUGUUAGUAUAUUCUCACCAUUGUUUAUGGACUAAUUUCCUCGUUUCCAUUUCUUGUUCAUAGGAAGCCUUGUAGAGUGAUGCUUUAAUAGCAUAAGCUUGGGUACGUAAUUGUGAAAGUUCUUAUUUCAUAGAUUUCCUGAUUCUGUAGCUUAUUGUGUAUGUUGGAACUUGGAUGUACACAGGAAUGCCUGGUACACGCAGGGCCUUCCCUAUUCACCUAAUGAAGGAGGCAAGUUGAUUUUAUGUGCAAAAAACAGAUACGCCCACCUCUAAUUGAAGUGGAUAUGAAAACCUGUGUAUUAUGAGAACUUUGUGUAUAUAUCAGAGCACCUACAGGGCUUGAAAUUGGAGCCCUUGUGUAGCGUAAGGAGUAUUUAAAUGUGUCUCUUUGGAAGGAAGAAUGACUGAUGUAAACACUAACGAAGAUGACUCCACAGCUACAGCCUCUGUAAAUGACAUUGAUUUUGAAAAAUUGGCUCUUGUCACAAGGACACUUCUUAGUAUCGCUUCUGAUGUGUUUGUGAAAAUACUCCUUUUAAAUGUAUUUUGUGGGAAAUUAUGUACAAUCUUACCUGAUAAGAAUUUAAAUUAUAUAAUUUUUUAAUAGCAAAACAUUUUCAUUCUUGGUAUUUUUGGAUAUUAGUGGUUCCUGGUGCAUAUAUUCAAAUGAAAUUUAAAAUAAUGGUAUUAUGAAAUGUUAAAAUAUUUUAACUAACUAGUUUUACAGAACUAUGAAAUUGUGUAUAAUUGUGUUUUCACAUGGAGGCUGUAUUUUCAAACUGAAAUUAUUUUUGUUCUAUUGUACAGGAGAACUAUUUUUGCGUAUCCCAUACAUUACAUACCAUUCCAUUUGAGAUGCUUAAAUUUUAGGAAGAGACUAUUUUCACUUAAAUUGUGGAUUGAAUGAACAAUUUGGCAGGUUACAAGUAGGUCCUAUGCAUGCUUACCUGGAAAUAAGUCCCUCUGCGUUUUGUGGCAUUUCUUAAUAAGCGUGUAUAGCACCGUGGCCAUAGUUUGCCAUAGCAGAACUGAAUAAGGGUCACUUAGGAAUGUGACUGGUUGUCACUAAGGGUGCAAAAUACUGCACGGAUUUUGAGGGAAACAUAUUUCAGUAUUAAAUACUAAUCUAGAGAGAGAGAAGAGGGCACAACCACUAUAGACCAUGAGCCGAAACCCUUCUAAAUUCCUUUAUAUUAUGGCCCUUUUAAAGGACUGCAACAGAUACAAAACACUCCUUUCGACCUGUCCAUAUUUUAAUUUUUUUUUAUAUAGUUUACACUAUUUGCAAUAACCGUCCCUGCUGAGUGCCUUCUGCUUCAGGUUUGGUACCUUUUAAAUGACCUCACGUAGCAUCUAUUGUGAUGUAAUGGAAUGCUUUAAGGGAGAGUUGAAUGACUGUAUUGAUUAUGUCCCACUAAUGUUGGAGAGUAUGGUUUCAAUAGCUUCUUUUGAUCCAAAACAAAUUCAUUCGGUAAACUGCCACGCUUUGUGCUUAGUUCCACAAUAAUAGUAAAUUGUGAGCCAUGCUUAAAAACCUAUGAGUGAAUCACAUAAUGAAUUACUUAAGCCCCCCUCCCCCCGUUAUGUUGUCUGGCUCGCAUGUUACCAAAUAAGAAGCCAGAAAGGUUGAGGAGGCAUCUAUGGCAACAGGACUUGGGAACGGGGCAUUCUGAAGGGGUGGGAACUGUGGCUUUGGCUCACCCACCCCAUAUCCCUUCUCAAGUGGCCCUACCUCAAAACUUUGCUUUCUGUGGACAUACUGCCUUUACUCAACAAUGACAAAACCCCGGAGGCUUAAUACACAAUCAUAUACAUCCAUGUGCCUUGCUGGUACUCAAAAGAAGCAUUGGAUUUCAAUUCCUGAAAAGAGGCGACCUCAUCUGUGUGGUUGUGAACCAGUCCUUAGGGUGCUUGAAUCUGGCCAUAUGUGAAUCUUUUUGAAGAGAGCCUUCUGUAGCAUAUUGUGUGGAAAGGAAUUUGAAUAAGAGUUUAGGUUGGAGAUGCUGAAGAAGGCAGCAGUAAAUAAUUUAUUCACUCAAUGUGUAGCUUUUUGCAGAUCGUAUCCAUCCAAAAGCCUUACAUUCAGUUUUGUUUUGCCUGUUUUCUAUGUACUGUUCAUGCUGGUAAACCAUUGAAUUGGAGCAUAGAGUGAUGAACUCAUUCAGCUGUGAAAUAUUAUUACAUUAUAUAUCCAGGAGCUAAAUACUGCACAUUUGUAAUUGUUAAUUGUGGUUUUGUUGGCUGAAGUUAAUGCAUACUUUAAAAAAUAAAAACAUUCAUACUAUGAAUAUUUCUACUAAUCUUCCCUAGGUAGCAAUUCUGAGUAGUUUUGUAUGUAGGUAUAGAAAAUUAAUUUUUGUUUGCCAUUUAGAGAAGUGACGCCUGUACAUUUAGAGUUUGUUGGAGAUUAAUCUUUAUGUGAAAUCCAGCAACAGGAAAGAGAAAGCAACAGUGGUUUUGGGAACAAACGAACAUUUACACACAUUGUCUAAAUCAUUGUCUAAAUAUGCUUUUGAAACAUGUAUAAAUGUUGGCACUGGAAAAAAAAUCUGAACUGGCUGAACUGACUUUGAACUAAAAUGUCCAAAUAUGAUUAAUAUUGCACAUCUGCAUAUGAAUGAUACCAGAGUGCACAUAAGCACUUUAAUAUUCUGAGAACUGUACUGGAAAAUAUAUGGAAGCAUGUGAAAUUGCACCUGGAGCUGGAUUAACUGGUGGGGGUGGGAGGGGGGAUUUUACAGUUUAAAUGUACAUGAAUGAAUGAAUGUAAUCUGGCCUCAAUUUCUCUAGCUCAAAAAGUUGAAAUUGUGUUGUGCGAUGUCCUUUUUUGGUGUUUGACUGUAACUGAUAUUUUGGGAGGAUUGUUGUUGGACUGCAGAGGUAUGUGUUUUAUAGUUAAAAAAAUCUAUUAUGCUGUAUACCAAUUCUUUUGUAAUUUAUGUGAUAUUUAGGUGAUUCUAAUAGCUGUAUAUUAGGCUGACUAUUAAAUUGUCUUUUAAGUUACCUUGAA